CCCUUCUGAGAUUUUAUCUCAAGCUGUUUGCUCUCCUGACAUCACUAGCGAUCUGUCACAGUCUAUUAUACAGCUUCUGUUUUCACCAGACUGCCAACACAUGUCUCAACUUGCAGAUCUCCACAAGCCGCCAGAGGGAGCGACUAACCGGGCCAAGCCGUGCACAUGCGAGAAAAGACACCUACGGCACCGUGCCCUCAAAUAUAUACAGAUCCAGAAUUCCGCGAGAAACUCGUGUCGCCGCUGCGGUGCGUAUGAGAAGAUUAUUCUGGCCGUGGUGGACGGAUAUCUGCCAGCAUUAUUCCAGGGACCGCGAGAUGAGGCUGAACGUAAAAUGAUACUCGACGAAUUAUUAGUGGUUAGGUCAUCCAUGCUGAAGUCCGGGCGCCACGAGCACGAACUGGAAUUACGCAUCCUGGAUAGACGGGUACUUAUUGAACUCUUCCGAGAUGCAGAAGAACAACCCGACUUUUCUCUUAAAGGAACCAGAUUUCCGGAAAAGGUUCAAUAUGGGCCAAGAAAUAAUUCAGACAGGGGGUUUGAAAGGGCUAAAGGAUGGCUCCAUGAAUGUUCGGAGCACCACAACUGUGGAGAACCAAGUUCUGCUCCGUAUCCCAAGAGGUUGCUCGAUCUUCGCGAAGGCCAGGUUCGAUUACUCGAGACCAACCCAACCAAUGGCUGCAAGGUCCGGUAUGUUUGUCUAAGUCAUCGCUGGGGUGAUCCUCAACACAGGCGACUGACAACUACUACUGCCACAAUCCAAAAGAAUAUGCAGGGAAUUGCGUGGGAGGACCUUCCAAAGACAUUCCAAGAUGCCGUAACCAUUUGUCGACGCAUGUCUGUGAGCUAUCUAUGGAUCGACUCGCUGUGCAUUCUGCAAGAGUUUGUCAACAUGUCAGACGACCAGAAAGAGGAAACAAGGACGGACUUUGCAAGGGAGAACUCAGCUAUGGCGAGCAUCUACAGAAACUCUUAUUUCACAAUCUGCGCUAGCAUAUCAACUAGUAUGGACAGCGGCAUAUUUUCUACGAGGGACCGCGGAAGCCACCAGAUAAAGGUCAUUGAUGACAACGGAAACGAGGCCCUUUUCCGCAUCAGGGAGAGCGCACAGCAUUGGAGACUUCCGACAGAUCUAGAGAGGAGAUGCUGGACAUAUCAGGAGUAUCUGCUCUCUCCAAGGGUCUUGGGCUUUGAGCCUUUUGACAUCUCUUGGAAGUGCAAGAAAACACACACUUGCGAAUGCGGACGCAUCAGACCGGGCUUGACAUUCGCUAGUCAAGCACAGGGUCCCGAUGCAGGAAAGGCUGUGUGGUGGUGGAAGGAGGUAAUUUCCUGGUACGCAGCGCGAAACCUAACAUAUGAACACGAUAAACUACCCGCGCUCUCCGGACUAGCACAGGCCUACCACCAAGUAACAGGCGAUGCUUAUCUCGCAGGCUUGUGGAAGGCCUCUCUACCAAGUAGUCUUUGUUGGUACCAUUUGUCAGGCUUUGCAACGAGAACUAAUCUCAGCCGAAGGCCUAGGGGCUUCCGUGCUCCCUCCUGGUCUUGGGCUUCUGUCGACACCUUAGACAGUGCCCGAUGCCGUUUCUGGUGGGCUUCCGAAGUAAUGCUUGGAAUCGGUGUGCCAUAUUACUCUAGGUAUCCCAGGCCACAAGAGGUCUGUACGAUAUAUGACGCCGCCUGCCAGCCGAAAACAGAAGAUGCAUUUGGCGAGGUAUUACCCGGCGGGUUCGUCAAACUCGGGGCCAUACUUAUCUACGCGAAAAUUGGCCUUGAGCCUCAGGGACUGAGUUUCCAGCAAACAGUCGAGAAGGGGGCCUGGACAUUGAGUUAUGUCGAGGGUGGUAAGGAUGUCUCUUAUUGUUAUCCAGAUUGCACGCUAGAAGACGACGGUCUGGAGUUGGGCGACGGUGUCUAUUGUGCGCCAAUACUGGAAGCGGGGUUACAGCAAGGCUGCCUGGUGCUGAAGCGGUUGCAAGGACAAGAGUACAGACGGGUAGGCUUCUGCAUCUUGGGGAAAGGGGAGCGAAGCGGAAGCCCAGAGUCCUACUAUCCCGACUCCUGGGAGGAGGACUUAACGACUCCGGAAAGCGAAGAGAGGGUCCAAAGUUAUGCUCUGCAGUGCAGUCCAAGCGCGGAAGUCCGGAUCACGAUUGUCUAAUGAACGCAGCCAAAUGAAAUUGCCGAGAGGAGAUCAAAGGAAAUAGGGCCUUGGGCGAUAGGGGCGAUUGAAGGAUGUUUUAUUCGGGGGGUGAGCAGGGGGGUUAAGAGGUGGUGUGUGUUUCUUCCUUUUCUGUGGUUAGGAGCUCGGGAACUCGCUCUUAUGUGACCGGUAUUGUAGUGGUGAGGUAGGUCUAGUCCUCUCACCUAUUUUCUCAUGUUGGUUUCUACACCCUAGAGUAUCACACAGAUAGCCACUCCUUCAAGCACUGUGAUAACACAGAAUUGGUCACUGUUCUCACGGUGCGUUAUCUUCUUGUUUCACCUAGUUGCCAUCUACAGUUAGCUAUCACCAGUGCCGAUGCACCUGUCUGGCACCGGAACUGUCACGGUAUCCACGGUAUCCUCCGAUACCGAUUACGGAGCUUAUACAAGCCUCAUACAGGCCUCAUAGGCUUCAGUAGGAGAUUAGCUUAAGCUUUAGGUAGAUAGCUAGCUUCAUCAUCAUCAAGCUUUUUCC